CAUUUUUCUUCCCGAAUCUUUCUUUAAUAUCGCAUAAAAUUCUACGAAAUGGUUCAGACUUCCACAAUCGUCGCUGCCAGUGUUGGCACAGUUGCUACAGGAUUGGUCGCCUACGCAAUUUAUUUCGACCAUAAGAGACGCACCGAUCCAAACUUUCGCAAACAAUUGAAGAAAGAAUCGAAACGACAAGCAAAAGCCGCGAAGGAGGAAGCGGAAGCUCACAACGAGAGACAAAAAGAAGUUAUCAAGGCAGUGGUUGUAGAAGCCAAGGAAGAUGGGUUCCCCGUAGAUGUAGAGGAGAAAGAGGCAUAUUUCAUGUCAGAAGUUGCUAGAGGAGAAGGCUUAAGCUCAGAGGGUGGCGACCCCAUAGAAGCAGCACUUUGUUUUUACAAGGCACUCAAAGUUUAUCCUCAACCAAAUGAUUUAAUAUCUAUCUACGACAAGACAGUGCCAAAGCCGGUCCUCGAUAUUCUUGCAGAAAUGAUUGCAGCGGAUGCAGCUUUAGAUGUUGGACCUUUUGGCGGCAGUGGUUCGGAUAGUGGAAUUCCUGGCGUUGGCCUUGAUUGAUUAGUUUGGUUGUUGUCUCAAUAUACAUGUAUUCUGAACCCCUCCACUCUUCCUUAUCACCCAAACUUUUUACCGACUUCACGAACGGCGACUGGAUAAAUUCCGAAACCCCAGGGUGGACUGUAUAAAAGUCCAAUGUACAUCAAUUCGCAUGCUUGGCGUCCGUAGGUUCUCGCAUUACGCAUCACAUCUAAUUUGUACAUAGUAUC